GCGGCCGGGCCGCCCGUCUCCUCCCUCCGAGCCUCCCUCCGCCGGGCUGAGCGCAGGGAGCGGCCGCGAUCGCAGCAUGAGCACCCUCAAGGUCUACAGCACCUCGGUGACCGGCUCCCGGGAGAUCAAAUCCCAACAGAGUGAAGUAACCAGAAUCCUCGAUGGGAAAAACAUCAAGUACGAGCUGGUGGAUAUCUCCCAGGACAACGCUCUCCGGGAGGAGAUGAGGGCGAAGGCAGGCAACCCCAAAGCCAUCCCACCCCAGAUCGUCAACGGGGACCACUACUGCGGGGAUUAUGAGCUCUUUGUGGAAGCAGUGGAGCAAAACACCCUGCAGGAGUUCCUGAAGCUGGCCUGAGCCCCGGCUCCCUCCUGUCCUGGACUCUACCUGCAUUCCUGAGCACCCUCAUCUCCGACCACCUUCACUUUCCAGGUUGUCAGCACUGUCCUGGCACCGUGACCUGUAUCCCAGCACAGGAAACCCAUGACCAAAACUACUCAUUGCAGCUGCCUACAACUCCCUCCUGCCUAACCCUGAUAUCAUCUCAGAGGGAUCCAAAGAAAGCUGAUGCUCGCUGCGCAUGGCCUUUGAAGAAAGCUGGGCUGGACUCACCCCGCAGCUUCCAGUGCCUCUGUAAACAGCAAAGCCUCUGGGGCGGUGGGAGUGCAGCCUCCAUCAGCCCCCUCCUCUGCAGGGCGAGCUGCUGCUUCAGGAGGGAAGGGCUGUGGGUUGGGUGUUACUUCCCACUACUCCCAGUUGCUGUUAAAAUUGUAAAUCCUGCUGCCUCACUUCUGUUCUGUUUUCUUUCAUCUCGACUCCAGAUGUUGUGGCAACUUCAGUUGAUUUUUGUUUGGUUUAAUUUAAUGCAAAAGCACUGCACAGAGCUGGGGUCUGCCCAGCCUCGGUGCAGGAGCCCAGGGCCGUCCCUUGGCAGCCUGCCUGGGGACAUGGAGAGCCUGGAAGCGGGACCUGUCUGCCCUGGGGUGCCCAGGGCUGCUCUGGAGCAGCUGAUGCUCCAGCUGUCUCUUCUCUUUCCUCUUUGAGUUGGCUUUUUUUUUAUUUGCAACCCAGACCAAGUGCAUUUCGUUUUCCUGCCAAAAAGCAAGUUUAUAACCAGUGUUGUCUUCCGAGAUGCUAUUAAAUGUUACUGAACCUUU